CAUAUGUAUCUCAGUAUUAUUUUGUGUCUUUCAGAAUGGACACCUUCCCGAAGUGUUCCGUCUGUCAUAAUGAGUUUACACUGAAAGGUCCAGUCCCCUUCUUACUGCCCUGUCUACACGCCGUGUGUGAGAAGUGUGUGACAUCUGCGGCUGGCGGUGUGAUAUCAUGCUCUACAUGUCAGAGGGAGGUCAACCUCACAGACACAAGUCUCCAGAAAAAUGCAGUCAGACAGAAGGAAAUAUUCCACCUGACAGUCAAACAUCGCCCCACAGAGCUCCUCUGUACACAUGAAGAUGACGGGAACCAGGCUGUGUGUUGGUGUCAGGGGUGUGAAGAGUUCCUCUGUGAAUACUGCCAGAACAUGCACAGCAGCUUCAAACUUUCAAGAAAUCAUGCUGUGCACAACUUUGGGGAUAUAACCCCGCAAAACCUUGAAAAUGGAACCCAUUGCAGCAUUCACGAACGGUAUCCACUUGAUUUGUUUGACAAAAGCUGCAACAUGUGUAUCUGUUCCCAAUGUAGGAGAGGAAAGCACGCUGAUCACGAGGUUGGUUACCUGGAUGAAGCUGCUGAAGAAGUUACACAGCGGAUUGAACAACACGGGAAAGAUCUGUCGGCGUUACUGUCUCGUCAGCAAACACACCUUCAGAGUAUCAGACAAGAUACACAGUUGGCCAACAGGACACAGGACACAUUGAGGAAGACAAUAGAACAUACCUUCCGGUCUUUGAGAUCACAACUUGACCAGAGGGAGAAGGAACUCCUGAUUGAUCUUGAAUGCCAGACGAGGGACACCAAGGCAACUCUACAUGCUCUUGAAGCCUCAUGUGAAGAGCAUCAUGCAAGAUGCACCGACAUUUCAGGUUACAUACAAAAAUGUCUUCUCUAUGCUUCAACAUCGGUCCUGCUGCAGCUGGAGACCACUGUUGAGGGGAUGACUCGGACCUGCCUAGAAACUCCUUCACCUGAAACACAUGAUGUACCUGAAGCUGUCUUCAACACCAAUGGCUUGUCCAAACUGAAAUCAGAUAUGUCUGGAUUUGGUAACAUCACUACCUUGACAGAAGAUUCAGAAGAGGUCACACCUGAGGAUAAGCAAACACAAACUAAUGAUGACUAUUUGGUGGACCUGGAACAGAAACACAAAAUGGAGCUUGCAAAGCUGAAGUCAAAUAUUGCUUCAGACAAUGAAAGAACUGAACAACUUCAGCAGCUAACAGACAAGUUGAAUGCCGAAGCAAACAACAUGAAAUUGAUGCUAGCUGAGAAAGAUAUAACCUGCCAGGUCGCCUCAGAAACCAUUCAUCAUCUGCAAACAUUCCUGAUUGAUUUCCCAACUGAAGGCUGUGUUCAUCUGCUGAAGAUAGGUGUAGCAGACAGACGCAUGGUCCUGCAUUGUUUACGCCUGAAGUAUGACAAAGACAGAGCCAAUCUUCAAAAAGUCCACAUCAACACAGAAGGACACCUGAUCAACAGGAAGUCGGGCAUCAGACCUGCAGUGAAGGGGAGACUGAUGGAGUACAGUGGCACAUGUAGCACUGUCCCCCUCCCCCGGGCUGGCUGUCCCCAGUACUGGGAGAUGAAAUCUCGGGUCUGCCUGGAUAAAACACUCCCAGAGGACUUGCUCAUUCUGGAGGUUGGUGUGUGCCAGGAGGAGCGGAGGGACGUGUGUCAUUGUAUCGGUGGACGUCCCGCCUCCUACAGCAUGUCCGUCGUCCACUGUACUACACACGGCGGGAUAUGCAGGACGACAUGGAUGGGGAUGACGUAUUUUGUGGGGAUGUAUCUACCUUGUCUGCCUGACACUCUCCCCAAUUCAGCAGGGGCAUCACACACACUACAUUACGGUGUCGCCUAUGAUGACGCCAGGGAGAAGAUUGUCUUCAUUGAUGUGAAGGAGAAUAAAGUGAUAUCAACGAUAGACAUUGUAGACUCUAGUCAGCCACUGUGGCCGAUGUUCGGGGUGUAUAACCCAGGCGACGUCACUGUCAGCAUGACACUUGUAGUGGGCAGCGACAUCAACAUGACAGAGGAGAAGAAAGCAAUGAUUGUCAAGGCACUGUUGUGAUGGUGACAAUGAUUGUCAAGGCACUGUCAUGAUGGUGACAAUGAUUGUCAAGGCACUGUUGUGAUGGUGGCAAUGGUUGUCAAGGCACUGUCGUGAUGG